AUGAAAAAAUAAUUUCAAUUCUAAAAAAAAAAUAAAGAAUGGCAAUAAGAAUUUCAAGAUAUAGAUGAUUAAGCAGUUCUAGAAAAAGUAUAAUUGCCACCCUCUGAGGAUGAAGAAUAAGUAGUUUAAGAAGAAUAAUUAGUAGAGUAAGCCAAAUCGGAUGAGGAAAACGAAAUUGAAAUUAUAGAAGAAAAAGAAGUGAUUAAUGAACAGCCAAAUGAGAAAUCCAAGAAAAUAGAAUGGUUAGACUCCGAUAUUGAAGGUGUUGAUGAUAUAGAUGAUGAAGAAGAAUUAAUUGAAGACGCAAAUGAAAUUGAUCAUGAUUAAAAAACUAUUUUUGUAUAAGGACUUCCACUCAAAAUAAGUGAUAAAGAGAUAGCUGAUUUCUUUUCAGAAUACGGGACAAUUGUGUCACUUGAAAUUCCUCGAAAUGAGGGAUCUUAAUUUACUAAGAGAAGAGCAUUUAUUGAAUAUAGCACUGUUAGUGAAGCGUAGGGUAUUGCUAUGCUUGAUCUAGAAUUGAAAGGGUGUCCGCUUAAGUUGAGGAUUGGAAUUUAGCAAUAAGAAGAUAAAAGAGUAAAGAUGUAAAAUGAUAGAAGUAGAAGUAGAAGUUAAUCAAAUUGA